UUUUUUCUUUUUUUGGACAUCCGACCCCUUUAAAAUAAAUAAACUGAAAAGCUCUUCAGUAACUGUUACUCAUUUGUGCGAAAAGAAAAAAUCCUAAAAUGUCGAAGAAGGAAAAGUACAGCAAAUCCGACGACGAAGAUGACACUUUCUACUACCGUUACUCCUCCGCACCACCACCGGCGCCGCCGUCGUCCUCCGUCACUUCUAAAUCCUCUCACGUCGGAAGCAGCGGCGGCGGAAGCGGCGGAUUAGCACCAUCAAAAUCAACAGUCUACGUGAGUAAUCUCGAUUAUACCCUUACAAAUUCCGACCUCCAUACGAUCUUCUCUACGUUCGGUAAGGUCGCUAAAGUAACUGUAGUUAAGGAUCGGGACACUCGUAAGAGUCGUGGUAUAGGGUUUAUACUUUUUGUUAAUAGAGAAGAUGCGGUUAAGGCUGUUAAAGGAAUUGAUGGGAAAGUGCUUAAUGGAAGGACGUUAAAGGCGUCGAUUGCAUCAGAUAAUGGAAGGGCGGCGGAGUUUAUUAGGAAGAAGGUUUAUAAGGAUAAGAGUAGGUGUUAUGAGUGUGGGGCGGAAGGGCAUUUGUCGUAUGAGUGUCCGAGGAAUUUGCUUGGGCCGAGGGAAAGACCUGAGCCAUCGAAGAAAGGGAGGAGGGGUGGUGGAGGUGGGGGUGGAAAGGGGGUAGGUGGGGGUACGGGUAGGGGUAGGGGUGGGAAUUGGGAUGAGGAAGAGGGGGAUGAUGAAGAGGCUGCAGGAGCGCGGUUUGAUGACGAUAAUUGGGCGUCUGUGGUGGAUAGAGGCGUGGAGGAGAGGUUAUUAAAGGGAGAAAAUGAGGAAUUCAAGAAGGAGAAAACAAGGGAGAAGAGAAAAGGUUAUUUUAGUGAUGAGAGUGAUGAAGAGGAUUGAAGCGCCGAAGAAAGGGAGGAGGGGUGGGGAGUGGGCGGAGGAGGGUGAUGAUGAAGGGGGAGGAGGAGCGUGGUUUGUUGACGAUAAUUGGGCGUCUGUGGUGGAUAGAGGAGCGGAGGAGAGGUUAUUGAAGGGAGAUGAUGAGGAAUUCCAGAAGGAGAAAACAAGGGAGAGUAGGAAAGGUUAUUUUAGUGAUGAGAGUGAUGAAGAGGAUUGAUAUGCCGAAGAAAGGGCGAAGGGGUGGGGAGUGGAGGAGGAGGACGAGGAGUGCAGUUUGGUGAUGAUAAUUGGGUGUCUGUGGUGGAUAGAGGAGCAGAGGAGAUGUAUUGGAGGGAGAUAAUGAGGAAUUCAAAAAGGAGAAAACGAGGGAGGAGAUGUAUGCUAUUGGAGGGAGAUAAUGAGGAAUUCAAAAAGGAGAAGAGGAAAGGUUAUUUUAGUGAUGAGGAGGAUUGAAUCGCCAAAGAAAGGGCAGAGAGGUGGGGGUGGGUUAGGGUUGGGGAACGACAAGAGGAUGAUGAAGGGGGAGAAGGAGCACGUUUUGAUGACGAUAAUUGGGUGUUUAUGGUGGAUAGAGGAGCAGAGGAGAGGUUAUUGAAGGGAGAAAAUGAGGGAAAAUAGGAAAGGUUAUUUUAGUGACGAGAGCGAUGAGGAAGAUUGAUUGUUUCAUUUGGUGGAAUUAGAUGAGGAAAAAAUGGGAGCUUUUAGCUUGUUUUUGAAGUUGAGGAAUGAUUUUCAAUGGUGUUAAAUGAAGUUGUUCGUGGACUACAGAGUUUGAUCCCAGAGGUUGAUGAAGAAAAUUUGAGAGGAUGGUUGAAGUUUCCUGUGUGUGCGCGCUUGUCUGUGAAAAUCAUUGGUUCGCCUAUUUACGCUGAUUAAAAUAAUGGAGAUCAGCUUCUAUAUCUGGAGGCUAGUGGCUUUUCUUAUCAAGUUGAUUGUUCCUCUUUUUGCUAGUGAAGGGGAAUGUCACAUGGAAAAUUUUAGCUUUAGCGAGUGGUAUGAGUAGCUAGAAUAUCGGGGGUUGGUGGUGAAGAAUUUGGAGCAGUGCAGAUAUUUUUAUUCACUUGGUUGCAACAUGUUGUCGUUCUUAUCUCCCUUGUUCUUCAUCAUUUUGGGUCAGAAAAUAGGAGCUGGUUCGAUGUUUUUGCGGUCGGUGUUAAGUUUCAGAAUUGAUUCAAAGUUAUCUUUAUUGGAAUAUAGAACAUCUGUCACUCAAGCCUCAACACCAUAUUCAGGUACUCCAAGCAUGCCAAUGCAAGCCAUUGUAUGACACUCCUGUUUCUUGGUGGAUCAACAGCUUGACAAGCUAGUUAGGUAGCCCUUUAUUUGAGGAUUUCUAUACAGAAUGUUGCUUGUAAUAUCAGAAAACGAAUCAAAACUGUAUUAGCACUGAAGCUUUUGCCAACUUUUUAAUGUAUUAUUACCUCGUCCGGCUUGAUUUUC